AACCAACCUGCCACCUCCUCAAUACUUACUGACAGCCACUUAUUCAAACAAACAACAAAAAAAAAGCCACGAAAGAAGCCGAGGCUGCUUUUCACCCCAUUCUCUCUCUUAUUUUUUUGUUGUUAACUCCUCGUGAACGUUUUCAUCGCCGUUUCUUCUUACAGUAAGAUAGCGGUCCAAGGCAGCCGGAGUUGUUGCAACGGCAGAUCAUCAUUCAUUCAAUACCUUGACAACCCUGCUUUGAUUGACAGCUGGAGUGGCAAAAAGCCAUGAGAGACGACAGUUUUGUUACAAGCGGGCUGUUGACGGGCCGAUCGUAACCUUCAGUAUUUUUUUUUGGCUUGACAUUUUUUUUCGCCUCUUCUUCUGGAAAAGAAAACAAGGGGAGACAGAGAGAGAGAGAGAGAGAAAAAAAAGGCAAAGUUCCCUUUCCUGGGUCCGCUUUAAACUGCGGUAGUGGAGGAUAAGCAGAAGUCGAAAACUGGAUUGGGAAAAUAAAGGGAUCUCGUUCAAUCACAACUAAGCCGGACUGGGGGAUAUUACAGAGACGGCACAUCCACGAGUGUGGGAGCGCAGACUGAUGGCGCAAAGGUACGAUGAACUUCCUCAUUACGGUGGGAUGGAUGGAGUUGGGGUCCCGGCGUCCAUGUACGGAGACCCUCACGCCCCCCGGCCGAUCCCUCCAGUUCACCACCUCAACCACGGACCACCGCUCCACAGCCAACACUACGGGCCACAUACACCUCAUCCUAAUGUCAUGCCCACGAGCAUGGGCUCUGCUGUCAACGAUGCCCUAAAGAGAGAUAAAGAUGCAAUUUAUGGGCAUCCUUUAUUUCCUCUGUUAGCGUUGGUUUUUGAGAAAUGCGAGUUAGCGACCUGCACUCCCCGGGAACCCGGCGUAGCAGGCGGUGACGUCUGCUCGUCUGACUCCUUCAACGAGGACAUAGCCGUAUUCGCAAAGCAGGUUCGCGCAGAAAAGCCAUUAUUCUCUUCAAAUCCAGAACUGGAUAACUUGAUGAUCCAAGCUAUACAAGUAUUAAGGUUCCAUCUCUUGGAGUUAGAAAAGGUCCACGAGCUGUGUGAUAACUUCUGCCAUCGGUACAUUAGUUGUUUAAAAGGAAAAAUGCCAAUAGAUUUAGUCAUCGACGAACGGGAUGGAAGUUCAAAAUCUGACCACGAAGAGCUAUCCGGAUCGUCGACAAAUUUAGCAGAACAUAACCCAUCAUCAUGGAAUAGAGACCACGAUGAUGCAACGUCAACGCACUCUGCUGGCACACCUGGACCCUCCAGUGGGGGUCACGCUUCCCAAAGUGGGGACAACAGCAGCGAGCAAGGUGAUGGGUUAGACAACAGCGUGGCCUCACCAGGAACAGGUGAUGAUGACGAUCCAGACAAAGAUAAAAAGCGACAGAAAAAGCGAGGCAUUUUCCCCAAAGUAGCUACAAAUAUUAUGAGAGCAUGGCUGUUCCAGCACCUCACGCAUCCGUACCCAUCAGAGGAACAGAAGAAACAGUUAGCCCAAGACACGGGACUCACGAUCCUACAAGUGAACAACUGGUUCAUUAAUGCCAGGAGAAGAAUAGUACAACCCAUGAUCGACCAGUCAAAUCGAGCAGGCAAGUCUCAAGUAGUAACUGUAUUCAAGUCCCGCAGGCACAAAUCUUCAUCAAGUUAUUCAUCAGGAGUUCCUUCACCUGGUUUUCUUCUUGAUCCUUCAGUAAGCCAAGGAGCAGCGUACAGUCCAGAGGGCCAACCAAUGGGGAGCUUUGUAUUGGAUGGUCAGCAACAUAUGGGAAUUCGGCCUGCUGGUUUACAAGGCAUGCCAGGGGACUAUGUAUCUCAGGGUGGUCCUAUGGGUAUGAGUAUGGCACAGCCAAGUUACACUCCUCCCCAGAUGACCCCACACCCUGCCCAGUUAAGACAUGGACCCCCAAUGCAUUCCUAUCUCCCAAGUCACCCACAUCACCCGGCCAUGAUGAUGCAUGGAGGACCCCCGCCUCACCCUGGAAUGCCAAUGUCAGCACAGAGCCCCACAAUGUUAAAUCCUGUAGACCCCAGUGUGGGGGGACAGGUUAUGGACAUCCACGCCCAAUAG